AUGACUACCAAGAAGCAUACUCCUCCCGCGCGGAGAAAGGGUGGCAUCCACUUUGUCAACGCGAGACCCACCACCGAGCUCGAGCGCACCACACUUCAGCGCUUUGUACGCAACCAUGUUGGCCGUUGGAUCUCCGAGCAAACUAGACGACGCUCGAAUGCCAAUCUUCGGACCAUCCGAGCUCAGAGGCUUUCCGACCUCAACCCUCACUCCGUUACUCUCGUGUCGCGUCCGUCUCCGCACCCACCGCUCUAUCGGACUGCCCCCGCGAGCGACCAUGCGUUGCCCUCUGCUGAAAAUGAAGGGUCCACAUGGAAGCCUGAACCUACGACUAUAGUUCCUAAGCGAGAGUGUUAUGAAGAGAGCGAUGAUGCAGUAGCUAUUCUACCUCCGUCGACGUCGGCCCCGGUUAAUGAGCAUCUUUGGCCAAAUCGACCCGUCUCUGGGCAUCUAGACCCCUUUGCGACAUACCCCGAUCAAGUAGGCGCGUCACCAGACGUGUUGAAUAAACUCACGAAAUACUGCCUUGAGUACAUGUGGCCAGGGGUCACGACACGGAAGGGAGGCCUUUCAUCCCAAGGCGGCACUCUAGCGUUGCUCUCUCCUCAAAUGUCAUGGUUCGAGCUCUCUCGGUCGGACCCCACCCUCUUCACCGCAUUUAUGUAUGGCUCUCUAUGUCAUCAACGAGUGAUGUUGGCAAACGAGCGGCUCCCCAGUUUUUGGAGCGUAAACCAACAACGUCUCCUGGAAAUGUAUGAGGCUCAAUCUAUCACAUUGAUCACCCAGGCUGUUUGUGAUGAAUCACGUGCGUUCACUGAUGCAGUUUUGUUGAGCGUGGUUUGCAUGGCGCAUCAUGCAGUCCCGACUGAAGCCAUAAUCCGAAAAACGCCCUUUGAUCCGCCUUUUCAGUGGUUGCAGUGGCUGGACGUCUAUGGCUGUCUGUCACCGAAUCCUACUCACAUCAAUGGAUUGGUAGAUCUCAUCAAGAUGCGAGGAGGCCUGAGAAACAUCAAACUCCCAGGGUUGGCCGCAACACUUUGUUUUUCCGAAGUUUUCGCCGCGUCCAUCUGGCGCGUUAAGCCUAUUUUUGGAUUCUGGCCCCUCGACGCAAGUCGUGUUGGGAAGUCGCUGCAGGAAUUGCUUGGCUUUGGACCAUCUGAUAUCCAGCGUGGCUUCGGGCGAUUACAAGUCAUUGGAUUCACUUCCGAAAUGGCCGAGGCCUUUCAAUCCGCCCGGGCAUAUACAGAUAUCAUUAAGAACAUCGAGAGGGGCCAGAAAGAUUCUAGCGGUGACUAUCUCGAUCAAUCACUGCUUGCCGACCAACGAAAUUUCACCCAGUUUACCCUUCUUACCCUUCUCCCCUCCGACGCCAUCACAUCCUACUUCACUCAUGAAAACCAAAGCGGCAACUACGAAGCUUGUCGUCUAGCUGCCCUGAUCUUUGGCGCGGGAGUGAUUUUCCCCAUCCCUGCACAGAAUAGUCCACUCAAGGACCUAGCGAAGCAACUCCGCAUCGCCAUCACCCAUCCAACGGCCGUUAGUCUCUGGACAUGCCAGGCCAUCCGUUUCCCUCUGAUCUGGGCCUUAACACUAGGCGGCAUUGCAGCCUUUGAAUCGCCCGAUCGCUCAUUCUUCGUCUCUAGCCUGGCUUAUGUCGCGCGUCAGAGUGAUAUACGAUCUUGGUCCGGGAUUAAAACUGCGCUGAAUGAAAUGCUUUGGCAUGAGGAUGCCAGUGAGAGGGCUGGUCGGGAUCUCUGGUAUGAAGUGGAGCCUCAAUUGUACCAAAAUUCUGUCGAGAUUGAUGGGAGCCCCGUUUUCCGUACUCGGUAA